AUGGAGUAUGACAAUGCUUACAACUACUCCAACAAUUACAACGAUGAGUACCCUGAUGGCUUUGACCCCAUUAUGGAUUUGGAGGAGGUGGAUCCACUGGAGGCCAAGGUGGCCCGAGUCUUCCUGGUGGUGAUCUACAGCCUGGUGUGCUUCCUUGGGAUCCUAGGCAAUGGCCUGGUGAUCAUCAUUGCCACAUUCAAGAUGAAGAGGACAGUAAACACCGUGUGGUUCAUCAACCUGGCAGUGGCUGACUUCCUGUUCAAUAUCUUUCUGCCGAUCCACAUCACCUACGCCGCCAUGGACUACCACUGGGUGUUCGGGAAGGCCGUGUGUAAGAUCAGUAGCUUUUUGCUCAGUUACAACAUGUACACCAGCGUCUUCCUGCUGACUGUCAUCAGCUUUGACCGCUGCAUCUCUGUGGUGCUUCCUGUCUGGUCCCAGAACCACCGCAGUGUCCGGCUGGCCUACAUAACCUGUGUGGUGGUCUGGGUCUUGGCUUUCUUCUUGAGUUCCCCAUCUCUUGUCUUCCGGGACACGAACGAUGCCAAUGGGAAAAUAACCUGCUUCAACAACUUCAGCUUGUCUGCCGCUGAGUCCUUGCUACACUCCACUCACUCGAGAGGGGAUCCUGUAGGGUUCAGUAGACACAUGGUGGUCACCAUCACCCGCUUCCUUUGUGGCUUCCUGAUCCCUGUCAUUAUCAUCACUGCCUGUUACCUCACCAUCGUCUUCAAGCUGCAGCGCAACCGACUGGCCAAGACCAAGAAGCCUUUCAAGAUCAUCAUCACCAUCAUCGUCACCUUCUUUCUGUGCUGGUGCCCCUACCACACACUCUACCUGCUGGAGCUCCACCACAUGGCUGUGCCGGGCUCUGUCUUCAGCCUGGGAUUGCCUCUGGCCACUGCCAUUGCCAUCGCCAAUAGCUGCAUGAAUCCCAUUUUAUAUGUCUUCAUGGGCCAUGACUUCAAGAAAUUCAAGGUGGCUCUUUUCUCCCGCUUGGUCAAUGCUCUGAGUGAGGACACAGGGCCCUCUUCUUACCCCAGUCACAGGAGCUUCACCAAGAUGUCAUCAUUGAAUGAGAAGCCUUCGGUGAAUGAGAAGGAGACCAUCUCACUCUGA